UACUACCGAAGCCAUAUGCUGCUCAAUGCCCAGCUUCGCCAGACUUCAACCUAUAGUCCCAUUCACGACAUAUUCGACCUAGGCAUGCAAGCAAAAAAGAUCAAUGGCACAUUGUUCCCCUCAAAAGAGUCGCCGUCAAUCGCACGACACUCGCCUAGCGCAGAGCUCGACGACAUCUGGAACGAAUGGGAGCUCACGAGAGUCUACCCUGUGACAGCCGCUCAGAUACGCUCUAUGGGCAAGGACCCAUCGACGGCAGCCAAGCUUGAGGACGACGUCUGGGGAUUAGGCGACGAUGCUUAUGCCGCUAUCUUCGACGUAUACCACCAGUUACAUUGCCUUAACUUCCUGCGCAAGCUUAUCUACCCAUCGUACUACAACACAUCCAACUGGCAUCACGCCGACGUAGAGGGCUUCUUUGAGAUCCAUAUGAACCAUUGCGUGGAUAUCGUGAUGCAAGCCAUCCAAUGCAGCGGCAACGUCAACCUGAUAACGCUGCAUUGGGUCGAGACGCAGCCGUACCCUUUCCCCGACAUGAGCGUGAAUAGGCAAUGUGUCAACUUCGAGGGGUUGACACAGUGGCGGCUGGACAACACCAUCGACAUGGACAAGUACGGGCUAGUUAUGCAGAAACCUAAGGGUGUGAAGCAGCAGCCCGCUCCUGAGGGCUACUAUGAAAUGUUUGGCAACAAGACGGACUCUGAUCAUACCCAUGAGGGACAUUCUUCUCACGAGAUGGCCGUUGGAAGAGAACGCCAUGGCCCUUACUGA